AUUUCUACUUGCCCGGUAAUCAGAAUCUGAAGCGAGGAAGUAAUUGACGGUUGGGGGAACUCAGACACUUUGAAUCUCCCAGGAAAGAAAUGGCUGCCAAUUUCUGGACGUCGUCCCACUACAAACAGCUUUUCGACCAGGAAGAUGUGGAUGUGGUCUUCCCACUUGAUAAAGAGAAAGGCAUCACUCUUGAAGACUUCAAGCUCAUAAAGAUGCAUAUGGCCAGCUAUAUAUCAAAAUUGGCACAACAUGUAAAAGUGAGGCAAAGGGUUGUAGCUACUGCAGUUACAUAUAUGAGACGAGUGUACACCAGGAAGAGUAUGUCUGAGUAUGAUCCACGUCUUGUAGCUCCAACCUGCUUGUACCUGGCAUCAAAAGCAGAAGAAAGCACGGUGCAAGCUAAACUUCUCGUAUUUUACAUCAGAAAAAUAUAUUCUGAUGAGAAGUAUAGAUAUGAGAUCAAAGACAUACUGGAAAUGGAAAUGAAGAUUCUAGAAGCUCUCAACUAUUAUUUAGUUGUAUAUCAUCCUUAUCGUUCAUUGUCUCAGUUGCUUCAAGAUGCAAGCUUAAACGAUAUAAGUAUGACUCAGUUAACUUGGGGAGUAGUAAAUGACACAUACAAGAUGGAUCUUGCACUCGUACAUCCUCCACACCUGAUUGCUUUAGCUUGCAUAUACAUUGCGAGCGUACUUAAAGAGAAAGAUACCACAGCAUGGUUUGAAGAGCUCCGUGUGGACAUGAAUGUGGUGAAAAACAUAUCAAUGGAGAUAUUAGAUUUCUAUGAAAACCACCGAAUGAUCCCGGAAGAGAGGUUUAAUGCUGCUCUCAACAAGCUGGCCUUCAAACCCUAGAUGGCCAGGCAAGCCUUCGUGCAAGAAGAUUGUAAAGCUUACUGAGAAACCAAUUGAAUUGAAUGAAGAAAAAUGGCCAUUGUGCUCGCAGCAUUGCAGCUAUCAAUGUAUCUUUACAUGUACUUGUAGAUUUUCAAGAAGUUGAAUAUAUCAAAUCUAUCAUUUCCACACCUCAAUAAACAUUUUGAGACACAUGGGAUUUUCCCUGGCUUCA